AGCCACAAUGCCACGACCAUCAGCAGCUGCAGGUCCUUGGGGUGCCCCUUUGGUGCUGGGGUGGGGGUCACCUCCUGCACGUGUAGCUCCUUGCACCAAGGUGAUGCCCCAGGAGCCAGCACGGGGCACGUGGCAGUCAGUCCGUGUGGUCCAUGGCACGUAGAACAUGCAGAGCAUCCCCCACACGGCUUCUGCAUCCCAGCAUUGCAGUCCAUGCUCCCACCUGGCCAUCGAGCCUGUCCCCGGGGUUCUCCGUGGCCCCCGGCACAGUGGCACAGCCUUUGGGGGGUUCUGCCCGUCCUCAGUCCCCACCAGCUCCUGGGUCACCAGGGCAGGGCUGUGGGGCUGUGGCAGGCGAGGUAACGGGGCUGCCCCUCUCCCUCUGCUCUUUCCACAGGCUGCUGAGCAACAACAAGAUCACGGUGCUGGAGAACGGCUCUUUCUUCGGGCUGCGGGCUCUGGAGAAGCUGGACCUGAAGAACAACCUGAUCAGCACGGUCCAGCCGGGCGCCUUCCUCGGCCUCCCUGAGCUGAAGCGGCUGGACCUCUCCAACAACCGCAUCGGCUGCCUGAGUGCCAGCGUCUUCCAGGGGCUCCCCAACCUCCUCCGACUGAACAUGUCUGGAAACAUCUUCUCCAGCCUCCCGCCCAGUGUUUUUGACGAGCUCCCCUCCCUGAAAGUCGUGGACUUUGCCACCGAGUACCUGACGUGCGACUGCAACCUGCGCUGGGUGCUGGGCUGGGCCCGCGAGCGGCCGGCGCAGAUCGCGGAGCGGACGGCGUGCGCGUUCCCGCGGCAGCUGCGCGGGAUCGCCCUGGGCGGCGCGGGCUCACCUGUGUCCCCCACAGUGGGAGCCCCGGAGCUGCACACACACCACCUCAUCCCGUCGCUGCGCCAGGUGGUUUUCCAGGGCGACCGGCUGCCCUUCCAGUGCACGGCCACCUACCUGGACAACAGCACCCAGAUCCGGUGGUUCCACAACCGCGAGCCCGUGCAGGAGGAUGAGCAGACGGGCGUCAUCGUGGAGGAGAGUCUGAUCCAUGACUGCACCUUCAUCACCAGCGAGCUCAUCCUCUCCAACAUCCACGUCUCUGCCAACGGCGAGUGGGAAUGCGCCGUCUCCACCUCCCAGGGCAACGUCAGCAAGAAGGUGGAGAUCGUGGUGCUGGAGACCUCUGCAUCCUACUGCCCAGCCGAGCGGGUCACCAACAACCGCGGGGACUUCAGGUGGCCCCGCACCCUGGCAGGGAUCACGGCCUUCCAGCCCUGCCUGCAGGGGGGGGCGGGGGAGAAGCAGGCGUGGCGGCGCUGCGACCGCGCCGGGCGCUGGGAGGACGGCGACUACUCGCACUGCCUCUACACCAACGACAUCACCCGCGUGCUCUACACCUUCGUGCUGAUGCCCAUCAACGCCUCCAACGCCCUGACCCUGGCUCACCAGCUCCGCGUCUACACGGCCGAGGCAGCCAACUUCUCAGACAUGGUUGAUGUCCUCUAUGUGGCCCAGAUGAUAGAGAAGUUUAUAGGCUACGUGGACCAGAUCAAACAGCUGACAGAUGUGAUCGUGGAGAUGGCCAGCAACAUCAUGCUGGUGGACGACCACAUCCUGUGGAUGUCCCAGAAGGAGGAGAAGGCCUGCACCAGCAUCGUGCGCUCCCUGGAGAGGAUCGCAGCCCACACACUGGGCAGCAACUCCCAGCACAUGGCAGUGAACUCUCGCAACAUCGCCUUCGAGGCAUACGUGGUGAAGCCCGAGAGCUACGUGGGGCUGAGCUGCGUGGCGUUCCAGCGCUGGGAUGGGACCCCCCCGGCCGAGCGGGGGGCCGAGCCCACGCCCGACCAGCAGCUGGGUUGGGGGCUGGGGGUCGGCCCCUGCUCACCGGUGACCCUGCACCCGCAGAACAGCAUCGCCCUGGCCUCCAUCCAGUUGCCCCCCAGCCUGUUCGCCAGCCCCAGCCCCGCCCCAGCCACGCCCAGGGCUGACUGCAAGCUCCAGCUGCUGGUGUUCCGAAACGGGAAACUCUUCUGCAGCACCGGGAACUCCUCCCGCCUGGCCGACGACGGCAAGCGCCGCAGCGUGGCCACCCCAGUCAUCUACGCCGGGACCUAUGGCUGUGGAGUGGGGAACCUGUCAGAGCCGGUGGCCGUGUCCCUGCGACACCCCGGGGAGGGCACGGACCCCGUGGCUGCCUACUGGAACUUCGAGGUGCUGGGGGGCAUGGGGGGCUGGAGCGCCGAGGGGUGCCAGCUGGCUGCCCACGAGCCCAACGUCACCUCCCUGCACUGCCGGCACCUCGGCAACGUGGCCGUGCUCAUGGAGCUCAGUGGGUUCCCCAGUGAGGCACAAGGCGCUGUGGAGGUGCUGCACCCGGCCAUGUACACCUGCACGGCCGUGCUGCUGCUCUGCCUCUUCACCACCAUCAUCACCUACAUCGUCCACCACGGCACCAUCCUCAUCCCGCGGAAGGGCUGGCACAUGCUGCUUAACCUCUGCUUCCACAUCGCCAUGACGGCCGCCGUGUUCGCGGGAGGCAUCACCCUCACCGGCUACCGGGCCGUGUGCCAGGCCGUCGGCAUCAUCUUGCACUACUCGUCCCUCUCCACGCUGCUCUGGAUGGCGGUGAAAGCACGAGUGCUCUACAAGGAGGUGACCUGGAAGGCGCCACAGCAGCCGGACAGGGACACGUCCCAGGCAGCCCCCAGACCCAUGCUGCGGUUCUACCUGAUCGCCGGCGGGAUCCCCCUCAUCAUCUGUGGGAUCACAGCAGCUGUCAACAUCCAAAACUACCACGACAACAACCCCUACUGCUGGCUGGUGUGGCGGCCCAGCCUGGGCGCUUUCUACGUCCCCGUGGCUUUCAUCCUGCUCGUCACCUGGAUUUAUUUCCUCUGUGCCGGGCUCAGCCUCCAGUGCCGACCCUCGCAGCAGAAAUCCAUCCCGGAGCCGCUGGAGCCGCCGCCACGGCUGGGGGGGACCAGUGACCUCCUGACGGACUCCGGCUCCAUCUCGGUGACGCUGAACUCGGGGCCGCCGUGCCCCGACGGGGACGGUGUCUACUCCCUGCGGGUGCAGUUCUGGGCGCUGGUGGCCACCCACGCCCUGUACGUGGCCCUGUGGACGUUCGGCGCCAUGGCCGUGUCCCAGCGCUGGUACCUGAACAUCGUCUUCAGCUGCCUCUACAGCGUCACCGCCGUGGCGCUGGGGCUCUUCAUCUUCGCCCACCACUGCCUGCGGCGCCGGGACGUGCUCAGCUCCUGGUUCUCCUGCUGCCCGUCGUACCGGAACGCGCUGCCCAUGCAGGCCUACGUGCACCCCGGGCUGGGGCCAGAGGACGGCUCGCAGGUUUUCAUCGGCUGCGAGCCAGAGGCCGCUCGCUCCGGCGCCUCCUCCUCCUCCUCGCCCAGCAGCGCCGGCUCUGCCGGGGGCCGCUGCAAGCUCACCAACCUGCAGCUAGCCCAGAGCCAGGUGGAGACGCGGCCGGCGCCCUGCCCGGAGCCGGACACUGCCGACGGGAAACCCGUCAGGCACAGCAGCAGCACCAGCAACCUGCACGGCCGCAGGAGCCACCGCGGCAGAACUAAGCCGUGCCGCGACGGGAAGCACCACCGCUUGAAAAUGCUGCGGGGCCCCUCGGAGCAGCCGUCCAGCGAGAGCGGGAGCCUGCACAACAGCCACUCCGAGAGCUUCCCCAGCGGCAGGACCAGCCCGGCCAGCGGCGGCCGCGCGGCGCCGCGGGAUGGGGACGCGGUGCCCAGCCCCUCGGAGGGCAGCGACGGCGGCCGGAGGGGGCCCGACCUGGCCGAGGGGCCGGGCGGCAGCGCCGAGAGGGAGGCGAAGCGCCGCUCCUACCCGCUCAACGUGGGCAGCCACAACGGCGCCCUCAAGGGCAGCAAGUACGACAUCAACCUGGCCAGCGCCGACAGCGUGGCCGGCAUGAAGACCGGCCUGUGGAAGAGCGAGACCACCGUGUGAAGGUGGGCGAGGACCAAGGGCCGCAGCGUUUACCUGCGGAGCUGCUCGGGGCAGGGCGGGGGCAGCGCUGCGGGCAUCACCAGUGCACUAGCGGGGAUGGGCGGCACGGCCGGGGGCUCCGGCUGCCCCGGGCACAGCACGAUCCGCGAUCCCGGGCACGCCCGUCUCCCUGAGGAGGCUCCGAGCAUCCCGCCGCAGCGCCGGGAUCGCAGCCGUGCUUUAAUCACUCCUGCAUGUCACUUGAGAUUGAUCCUAAAUGCUAUUUUAUAUUAUACAGAGGAAACGUCUAUUUUUCAAAGCUAUAUUAUUGAAUGUAUAUAUGUAUAGACAGAGCCGUAGGUGACACGAGGGCCCCGCUCCUGCCUGCUCGUGCCACGACUGCAAUGUCCCCACUGAGGGACCACUCCAAGUGCCCUUCACGUCCAGGAACCGCGGCCCCGGGCUGAGCACUCUGCCUCUGGAGAGCAGCUGCUCCUUCUGGAACAUUCAGACUGAGCACUCUGCCUCUGGAGAGCAGCUGCUCCCUCUGGAAC